AUAUCAUCCACUGAGUCACUGACACACACCGCCGUAGAUCUUUCUCAUUCAAUUUUCGACGGGGACGCCGUAGAAGCCAAAGUCAAAGUGGCAUUCAUGGAUCCAACUAACGAGCAACCCCUUUUCACUUGCCUCUCAUGCUCGAUAGCCUUUCUUUCCGCGGAGGAGCAGCGCACGCACUACCGCUCAGACCACCAUAGGUAUAACAUGAAGCGUCGCGUCGCAUCCCUGCCACCAGUUAGCGCUACUGUGUUUAAUCAAAAGGUCCUCGACCGCCGUCAGGAGACCGCGAUCAUGUCCUCACUGAAGGGGAGCGCCUGUGAGGUGUGCGAGAAAACAUACACAACAGAAAAUGCAUACAGAUCUCACAUAAAUUCCAAGAAGCACAAAGAGAACGAGCUCAAGACUGCCUCACAGCCAAACCAACCAGUACACCAGCAAGACGAAGUACCUAGUGCACCCGUAGAUCCCCCACCGUCAUCCACACUCCCUGUCAUAUCCGAAACUCUCUUGCCCAAAGACACGACCCUCGGUGUACCCGCGACCGCGACCGAGGACGAAAUAAACGAAAGCAUAGACGCCAAGAUAGCGGCUGCCCGCUCACGUCUUUCCCCGACAAACUGUCUCUUCUGCACUUAUACUUCCUCGGCACUUUCAGAAAAUCUGACGCACAUGUCUUCUGCGCAUUCCUUUUUUGUUCCUGAUGCUGAAUAUCUCGUCGAUCUCACUGGCCUCAUCACAUACCUAGGCGAGAAGAUCGCAGUUGGAAACGUCUGCAUUUACUGCAACGGUAAGGGACGGGAGCUUCGGACGCUCGAGGCUGUGCGGAAACACAUGUUAGACAAGGCUCACUGCAAGAUAGCCUACGAUUCCGAGGACGACCGACUUGAGGUGUCAGAUUACUAUGACUUCACAACUUCGUACCCCGCAGAAACACGGAAGAAGAAGUCCAAACAGCCACGCGCGGAGGAUGAAGGGUGGGAGGACGCCGACGACGACAGCGGGGAUGCAGAGGAGGUCGUCGAUGAAGACGCCUCAGAGCCUCCUGAUUCUGAAUCAGAUUCUGAUGCAAGCAUACCCGAUAACCAGAUCACCUAUGGUGAUACCGAGUACGAGCUUGUACUCCCAUCAGGUGCACGCAUUGGGCACCGGUCGAUGAAGCGCUAUUACGCCCAAUCCUUGCCCAUGCACAUCCAAAGAGAUGAAGAUCCCAACUCCGGGAUUGCACUUGUUCGCAGAUUACUUGCAGACAAGAAUUCCGCCCUUGUACCCCGCAAAGGCGGGUUUGGUGCACAUGGACAAGGAAUGGAGGUUGUUAAGGCGAGAAAUCGCGGCGAGGCAAGAGAGGCAGGGAGGCAUGUGCGAGAAUUUAGAGAUCAGAAGCGUAGGGAAGAUUUCAAGACACGAGUGGGAUUCAUACACAACAGCCAAAAGCACUUCCGUGACCCUCUUCUGCAGUGAAGAAGAGUUUUACUGUGCAUGGUAUACUAUGCAUGAUAUUCCUUUGGCAUUCCCGGCGUAAACUACUACCUCGUUUUGUCUCGUCGCAUGAAAGUGUCUCUAGAAGGCGAAAACAUAAGAAAAUAUGCUAUGAUAUCAAAUGAAUUGAACGAGCGACCGAAAGGUCGAUCUCG